AUGUGGAAUGGAUGGAACUAUUCAAUCAAGAUGAAGAAGUAUGUCUUGUUAGGUGCUACGGCUCUCAUUAUAGCAAUGGUCAUUUGCGUGGAGGCCGAUGAUGGAAGCAGCCCUAGUAGAAAAAUAGAAGAGAUUCACCGUGAAAGCAAGCUGGUGAUAACAAGGACUGCCGUGAGUAUUAUAUGUGCAUCCACCGAUUAUAAAGAAGAUUGCACAUCGAGUCUCGCAACAGUGAGGACGCCCGAUCCCCGAACUAUAAUAAGAGCGUCUUUCGACCUUGCUAUGCUGUCGAUUCGAAGUGGAAUCGACAGGGGUUUGAUUGAUCUAAAGAGUAAAGCGGAUGCGGAUGUGCACACAAGGGAAGCGCUUAAUACUUGUAGAGAACUUAUGGAUGAUGCAAUCGAUGAUCUUCGGAAAACAAGGGAUAGGUUUAGGGGAUUUUUGUUCACUAGAUUGCCGGACUUCGUUGAGGAUCUUUGUGUGUGGCUCAGCGGAUCAAUCACAUACCAACAGACGUGCAUCGAUGGAUUCGAAGGGAUCGAUAGUGAAGCGGCCAUGAUGAUGGAGAAAGUCAUGAGGAAGGGGCAGCAUCUCACUAGCAAUGGAUUAGCGAUUGCCUCAAAUCUUGAUAGUUUAUUGAAGGCUUUCCGUAUUCCAAUUCCAUUUCUCGGGUCAAGAAGGGGCAGACUAGGCAUUUUGGGUUCUUCACGAGACGAACCAUCGGAUUCUUCUCAAGAUCCACCUUCGGAUGUGGAUUCUUCUGAAAAUUCUUCUGAACCAAUUGACUCUUCCGAGAAUCGUCCAUCGGAUUCCUCUCAGAAUAAAACGUUAGAUUCUUCAAAUAAUAGGCUGACUAAUUCUUCAAAUAAUAGGCCGUUGGAAUCUUCUCAAACUUCUCCUCAACAAUCUACGUCUUCACAGAGUCGACCAACAGCUUCUUCCGAGAAACUUCCUCAAAACUCGACUUCUUCCGGGAAUCAACCAUUGACUUCCUCCGAGAGUCCUCCUCAAAAUUCGGAUUCUUCCGUAACUCGACCAUUCGAUCCUCUUCAAAAAUUGAAUCCUCCUAUUGGAAAAUUGGAUUCUUUAAACGACCGACACUUAUCAGAGGAAGAAGAGUUCCCACCCUGGGUAACACUGCAUUCGCGGAGGCUUCUUGCACGUAGAAUUAGACGUAGACCUAAAAAAGGAAUGAGAGCGAGCAAAGGAAUCAGAGCGAACGUUGUGGUUGCAAAGGAUGGAAGUGGUAAGUGCAAGACUAUCGCACAAGCAUUGGCAAUGGUACCAAUGAAUAACAAAAGGAAGUUUGUGAUUCACAUAAAGCAAGGUGUUUACAAGGAAAAAGUAGAGGUAAGCAAAAAAAUGCUUCACGUCAUGUUCGUCGGAGACGGACCAACAAAGACGAUUAUCACUGGAGACAUUGCCUUCUUACCAAACCGUGUCGGCACCUUCCGCACUGCCUCCGUUGCCGUGAAUGGGGACUAUUUCAUGGCAAAGGACAUAGGGUUCGAGAACACGGCAGGAGCCGCACGUCACCAAGCAGUUGCACUUCGAGUUUCGGCUGAUUUUGCGGUGUUCUACAACUGUCAUAUGAAUGGUUACCAAGACACGCUUUACGUCCACACCCAUCGUCAGUUCUACCGUGACUGCCGUAUCUCAGGGACCAUUGAUUUCGUCUUCGGUGAUGCCAAAGCUGUUUUUCAGAACUGUGUGUUCGUCAUCCGCCGUCCCAUGGAUAACCAACAAUGUAUCGUCACAGCCCAAGGACGAAAAGACAAGCGUGAGACUACUGGGAUUGUUAUCCACAAUAGUCGUAUAAUCGGUGAUGCAUCAUAUCGUCCCGUCAAAGCCAAGAACAGAGCGUUUUUGGGACGGCCGUGGAAGGAGUAUUCGAGAACAGUCAUAAUGAACACAGAGAUUGAUGAUGUGAUAGACCCAGAAGGUUGGUUGAAGUGGAACGAGACGUUUGCACUCAACACGUUGUUCUACACUGAGUACCGCAACAGAGGUCGUGGUUCGGGUCAGUCUCGCCGGGUUAGGUGGAGAGGUAUCCGACGUCUCUCUUCUAGAGCCGUAAGGGAGUUCUCUCCAGGGAAUUUCCUACGUGGCAACACGUGGAUUCCACAAACGCGUAUACCGUACAAUGCUAACUGAGCAUACAUGUCAUUAUAUCAUGUGUCACUCUUGCUUAAGGUGAAGUGGUUUGUGUUUACUAGUGUGUAUAUAUAUAAAUCUGGAGCAGAGAGACUAACUAAGAGGAUUUGUAUAUAGUUUUU